AUGAGUCCAAAGAAACCAUUCAUGCUCCCCAACGAGAUGGCGUAUGCCCGUUGGGUCCAUGCUACUGGUGCUCACUCAUAUCCCAUUCACGUGCCUCAAGAUAUUUUGCAGAGUCAACGAGCAUUGGAUAUUCAAGCUGACCCUGUGGCUUUUUUUGUUAAAAAUAGUUUCGAGUCUUUCGUUCUAGCUCCCGGAGAGGAGAAAGUCGAGGUUGAGACCGAUACUCGCAUUCCAUCUUCCUCGAUUUUCACUUUCAACAAAGAGGACCACACGCUCGGCAACCUCCUCCGCUCCCGUCUUCUGCAGAAUUCCCAUGUGAUCUUUGCUGGUUAUAAGGUCCCCCAUCCUCUAGUUCCCAAGUUUGAACUCCGCGUUCAGACGGAUGGUGAGGUCACUCCUAAGGAUGCUCUGCUCGCCGCCUGUCAUGACCUUGUCAGGGAUCUGGGCAUCCUUUCCCGCGAAUUCACCAAAGAAUACGAGCUGCGUAAAAUGGUCGGAGCUUCUCAGCAGCAGCAGAAUGGUACUGCAGAAGGUGCUUAG